GGGAUUAUGACGCGUCCCGGGGGAGUGUCGUUGCAAUAAGCAUUGAAGGCAGUGUUCUAGAUCCUCACGUCCGCCCUCGUGGGACGCGCCUCGAACUGCGGGAAGACGCAGCGCAACCUGACCCCACAGAACGCUAAACACAUGGGUUUCCCAGGAUUUCAUGCGACCCUUGUACGAUUCGUAUGAGUCAGCGAUCGCUCCGCGGCCUGACAGUUUUGAAGCAAGCCGUAAACUUUUUGGCGUAUCGAUAACACUGCGGGGCGUGACUCCGCCAACCUUUUGCCAACCUUAACCAGAAUUGCGACCGCAGACUACUCACGAAUAACGCCACACAAUUGACGAUGCCGCCAAAGGGAAAGAAGGCCCAAGAUAAGGGCAAAGCCGGCGAGGAGGAGCGCGAAGACCCCCUACAGGCAGUAAUUCUUGCGGAUCCCUUCGAGACACGCUUCAGCCCUUUCACACUUGAACGACCGAGGUGUCUGUUGCCCCUCGCAAACACCCCGCUCAUCGAGUACACAUUCGAGUUCCUCGCCAAUGCCGGAGUCGAAGAAAUCUUUGUGUACUGCGGCGCCCACAGGCAACAAGUCGAGGAGUACAUCAGUCGCUCCAAAUGGUCCGCGCAGUCGUCCCCGUUCUCUAGGCUGGAGCUCAUCCAGUCGACGUCGCACUCAAUAGGCGACGCGAUGCGCGACCUGGACAGCAGGAGCUUGCUCGUCGGCGACUUCCUCUUGGUCUACGGAGAUGUCGUCAGUAACCUGCCGCUGGAGGGCGCCCUCGCUGCACACAGAGCGAGGAGAGUGAAGGACAAGAACGCCAUCAUGACAAUGGUGUUGCGCGAGGCAGGCACAACACACCGGACCAAGGCUCGAGGGGCGAGCCCAGUGUUUGUUAUCGAUCCUGAAAAGGACAGGUGCCUGCACUUCGAGCAGAUGCCAAACCGCGAUCAAACACACUUCCUGUCCAUAGACCCUGAGCUGCUUUCAGGCCACCAGGAGCUUGAGAUUCGACAGGACCUCAUUGAUUGCGGCAUUGACAUCUGCACACCAGAUGUCCUUGCCCUAUGGAGCGACAACUUCGAUUUUCAAGCCCCAAGGAAAGGUUUCCUACACAGUGUGCUCAAGGACUACGAACUGAACGGCAAGACAUUCCACACGCACAUCAUCUCCGAUCACUACGCGGCCCGAGUCCGGAACCUUCACGCAUACGAUUCGGUCAGCAAAGAUAUUGUAUCGCGCUGGGCAUACCCGCUGUGCCCUGACAGCAAUCUGGUACAAGGACAGUCAUACCGGCUCGGAAAAGGCAAUAUCUACAAAGAGGAGGGCGUGAUUCUGGCGCGCGACUGCGUCAUCAACUCAAAAACAGUCAUCGGACGGAGCACUAGCGUUGGAGACGGCAGCGUGAUCACAAACAGCAUAAUAGGGCGACAUUGCCAGAUUGGUCGGAAUGUGAAGAUCGAUGGCGCAUAUCUGUGGGACUACGCAAGUGUCGGAGACGGAAGUGUCAUCAAGAAGUCAGUCAUCGCGAACGAGGCGUCUAUUGGGAGGAACUGCGUCAUCGAAGAGGGAGCGCUCAUCUCGUAUGGCGUGGCUAUCGGCGAGGGCAAGACUAUCCGUGGAGAGCACAGGAUCACACGUGCCAAGCGGAGAAGGGAGAACGAUCAGGAGCUUGUCAGGGGCGAGCCAGAUGCUGAGGUAGUCGGGAAAGGAGGAGAUGGUUUUGAAUUCCAUGACUCAGACGAGGAUGAUGAAGAUGAGAUCGUCGACAGUCUCAUCUCUUCCGGCCCACUGUACAACCUCGCCAAUUUGUCCCUGGAAUCGAUCUCCACCCUGAACUCGGACUCGGAGGCCGAUGAUUACGAGAUACGACAUGACAGAUCGACAACAAGCAGCUUUUUGUCCGUCGGCUCUCAAGACAGCCAGCAUGCUGCGAACUUCGAUCACGAUGCUUCUGCCAGUAUUUACGACUCACUCGUCGAAGGCCACGAGUCCGCCAACAUCCAACUUGAGCUCACGGCUCUGCGCAUGAGUACAAAUGCCUCCGAUCACCAAGUCCGCCGCGCAGUCGCAACUUCCUUCGUCAAGCGUGUUCAUCAGCUCAUCAACUCUGGCGAUUCCACUAAGAUUGCUGUCGCGAGUGUGUUUGGGCAACACAAAGAGCUGAUCGACCGCGCGAUUUUCGAUAAGAACCAGUCCGACAAGGCAGACCAGGUCGAUUUCAUGCUGUUGCUUCAAGCCGAACUAUGCGGCAAGGAGAGCGGUGAUGCUAUCCUCCUUAGCACCGCGACGAAGCUGGUCGAGCUGGAUUCUAUCGAAGAGGAGGGGAUCAUCCAAUGGUGGGAGGACGACAAGAGCAGCGAGAACGAGGACAUGACGAAGGUGAGGGUGAAGACAAAGUCUCUGAUUGAUUUCCUGCAGCAGGAGAGUGAGAGUGAGAGUGAAGAAGACAGUGAAGAAGAUGAGGAUUCUGAGUAGACAGGCUUGCAAAUAGACCGCAUUCUCCACCUUUGUCGAUCCUCGAGUGUUCUGCGUACCUUGAGGCUGUACUUAGUAGAGCAAUUCCAAUCAGAUCAAAGAUCGUUAGGAUGUCCCUUGCAGUAUACCACGUUCAAGCGGUACGUGCAUGUGAUUUCGAGACAUGCGGCAGCAACGUGACCAGUAGCAGGGCCCCGCAAGUCGACCCCUGGAGACGAUUCCUAAACUGCCGAGCUUUGAAUAAUUUGAUUAACCUACGUG